GCCAAACCCAGCUUCCGAUCGGACGGCGGUUCAGUUUUGAGCUGGGAUGCUUUCCCGAAAACAAAACUUGGAACUUCGGCCUGCGGAAGAGUGGGGAUGGUUUGCCGUGGUGUGACUCCCCGACCGAGACCGGGGAUCGUUGCCGCCGAAACACACAACAAGCGGUGACGUCGAAAGGCUCCAGAUGCUAAACAGCAACAUGGAAAGUUUGCGUUGUGACGAUCGGCGUGUCGGAGGGCACGAAGGCAGGUUGGGAAGGGGUGAAGAGGAGGAGGAGGAAGGAUGCCCAGAUCGACAUGAGAGAAUUCAUCCGGACGGCUCCUCUCGCUUGCGUCUUGGGGCGACCUUGUGAUUUUUUGCUCCCCCGGAUUGAUCUGAGAUGUUUUCCAAGCGAAAGACCCGCAACGUCCAGCCCGCUUGCCCCAACGUGCUGACCCCCGACACAAUCCCCUCCUUCUUCAUCCCACCCAACCUCGCCACCCUCCAAGGCCGGCGUGCAGCUGGGAGCCCCAGGCCGAGCGAGGCACCAGCCCCAACGGUCAAAAACGAGGGCAUUACGGUGCAGGAGGGACACCAGCCUGGUGCUCGACUCCCAGACGCUCCCACCAUGAUCCAGCUACCGACUCCGAUGGACUUGGGGUGCCUGCCCGAAAGCCCCAACACCUGGCGGCGGGAAUCACUGUUCCACAGCAGACCCCUGCCCCGCCGAGGGCAAGCUGUCUGCUUCUCCUCUCCACGGACGAGGCCCCUUUCGCAGCCUGCUCCAGGCCUGGACAGUGACACCGCCUCUUCUGCGGAAAACUCCCCGUAUAAUUCCCCCGUGCCCUCACGUCCUCUCAGCGGGAUCCUGCCAAGCCACGGUUAUGGGCACCGGCGGCGUUUGGCAUGCCGCUCCCCGCACACCCUACGUCCCAGCUCCUUCUCCACGGAGGACACCAGCUCCACAGAUACCAGUCCCUGCUGCCUGCGCCGCGAGGCCGAUCCUCCCUGGAUCUCGCCGGGCACUUGGUCCCUGGCAUCGUUGUUCCCCUUGGACUUGAUCCGCUGUCACCAGCGGCUGACCAAAGAGGUGACUCUGACAGUCAGCCAAGGCGGGCAGCUGCGCCUCUCCAGCGAGUACCUCCAGCCGCCAGGCAGCCUCCGGGUGCGCCUGGUGAGCGCCGAAGGCUUCUACCCACCGCAGGGCAGCCCUCGCCACAUCCACUGCUGUGUCGCCCUGCAGCUGCGCCCCGGCCCGGGUCAACGACAGCGCAGCGCCGUCAUCAAGAGGACCCGCAACCCCAUCUUCAACGAGGACUUCUUCUUCGAGGGGGUGACCCCAGAGGAGCUUCCCAGACGCAGUCUGAGGAUGAAAGUCCUGAACAAAGCUGGCAGUCUACGGCGUGACGUUGUGUUGGGCGAGUGCGACGUCCCGCUGGAUUCUCUUCUGCCCUGAACGGGGGUCCUUGGUAAAGAAGGACUGGGGGAUGGUAUAGAUGUCCUCGCAGACAGCAGGAGGAGCAACAGAUGCCCUUCGACCGUCUCCGUAAAUGAAGGUCUUUCGUUUUCUCCAAACAACCUUGUUGGCUGACGGAGAGGCUAAGAAUGGACUUCCAACCGCUUCUGGAGGGUCUACAUUUCAAUAUAGGUGGUCCUUGACAUAUGUCCAUUCACUUAGCAACCGUUCAAAGUUAUGAUGGUGCUUAAAAAAAGAGGCUUAUGGCCAAUCCUCGCACUUAUGACCCUCACAGCCUCCCCAAGAUCCCAUGAUUAAAAUUAGGGCACUUGGUAAUUAGGACUAAUUGCAGUCUCUUGUGGGGGUCACAUUAUCGCCACUUAAAGUCUGUCCUGGGCAAGCGAAGUCAAUGGGGGAAGCUGGAUUCAGUAUACAGUGCCUGAUUUGCUUAAGGACAUGAUUCACUUAAUGACCAUGGCAAGGAAAGUCCUAAAACCAGGCACAACAAUCUCAUCCUGUCACUAUGAUGGUCAUUAAGUUGAGGAGUGCCUGUGUGCUCGAUCCAGGCAACAGCCACCAGAGGGAGCUCUGCCACCCUGGGUAUCACUGCCACCUUGAGGCAGACGGUGGUAUAGCAAGAAUCAGUUGAUGAUAGAAAAGCAACGAAAUUCCAUCCGGUUUUAAUUCAAGCCAUUUCUGCUUGGAAUUGUCUCCCCCCCCCGCCCCCGCUGUCUUUCUUAAUGGUGGGGCAGCCCCCCCAACAUUUGAGGACAAGCCCAGAAUUGCAGCAUUGCGGCCAAAGGAUUGGAGUUACACCCACAACCUUGCAAGGGGUUGAGCUGGCAUUAAACCAGGGGUUGGACUAGAUGGCCUCAGCAUAUCCCAAGCCUAUAAUUCCCUAAUUUUUGCUUUUCUGGCUAGAAAACUGAGUGAGCUGAUUCCUUUUCAGAAAUGCCGCCUUUGGUCAAAAUCCCUUUAUCUAAUUUCACAUGUACAUUGUGUUUUAGUAACAAAAUUGCCACUAUGGGCUCCAUUAAAAAUAUAAAAGUAUAAAGUGUUUAUUUUUUUACACUUGGUUGGGCUUUGUUUAACUUGGAUACUUAAGUGAGGGUUUUUUUAUUUUUUUUAAACCAUGCAGGUGCCCCAAAGAUCUGGUUCCUGGCUAUCCAAAUUUUGCCACCAGAGGGCAGCAUUUCUUUUCACAGCUGGAAAACCGUUUGCAGCCAUCAGGGGGCGCACUUUACUGCUUAAUUCUUUUUUUUUUCUUCCCUGUAUUGUAGAUUUCCAAGUUGAAGUUACACUAAAAUAACUGAAUAGUGAAUUAAUUAAUUAAAAGUUUUGCACCCCUUUUAAAGGGCAUUUCCCCUGCCUUUUCCUGUUGCAAUGCCCAGCCUGACCAUAAGAGGGCAAUCUUUUGUCAGCGGGGAAGCUUUGCAAAAUUUAGAAAUUUAAAAAAAGGGGGAGAUGUCACUGCAAACGUUCGGCUCCCUUUUUAAUAAUUUUCAUACUUUUUCUUUUAGAUUCCUGAUUAUUAGUUCAGGUAAUGCUUGCCAUUCCUGGUCCAACCACACGAGGGCAGGCUAGGACCAGCAUUUUAGUUUUUCCAACUUUUACUGGGUGGGGAGGGGAAUCUGCCUUUUCUAUUUUUAUCCUUAGCAAAUGUAUUUAGGGCCCAUAUAACUGUUUCCUUUUCUGCAUCUCUCGGUUUGCUAACUUUUAACUAGGAAAAGUCUGACUAGGACGGCCAUCUCCUCUUCUUUCAGAAUUGGAACAUUUUAAAUUUUAAAUGAGGACUAGUAUCCUGAAGGCCUUGUGUUUACAAGCUUAUUGCCAGUGCAAUGGUUCAGUGGCAAUAAGAAAGGAUUGAGCCCAAGGAAAAUGCAUCCAUCAAAAAGAGUGCUCAAGACUGAAAAUUAAAUUAGCCAUCUUCUAGGUCAUAAUUUAUUAAAUGUAUAGGUGCUUUAAACGUGGCAAAACACACCCAGCAUGAAAAUGCAUCUUGCAAAUUUGAUUUUUUUUGUUUUUGUUUUUCAUUUUGACCGCAGAAGACUUUUAUUAGCAGGGUGUCACCUCCAGAGGCCUCGAUAAAAUUAAUAACAAGAAGUGCCAUUAAUAAGACAUUUCGGGUGGCCCUCAUGAGGACUGCAAACUUUUUCCAAAGUUUUAAAAACUGGCACUUUUAAAAAAAAAAAAAACUUCAGUGACUCCUUCAAUUGAGUCAUUUUUUAAAAUAGUUUUUUUUAUUUUAUUGUAAUACAAACAAUCCAUCUUCCAUUAAACAGUGUGUCAUCUGGGUACAAAUGUCUUGUGCAGUAACAAUUAAAAUUUACAGCCAUAUUCAUUAUUUGUCUACUCUUAACUUAAUGCUGAUAUACAAAGCAUAUCUAUUACUGUAACAAUCCUCUUCUUAUUCAAUUCUAUUAAUAUACUUUCUAUCCUUCACUAAUCUACUUUUAUUUCUAACUUUCAUAUUUAUUCCCUAGCCAUCGAUAAAACAGUUCCCAUACCAUAUAAUAUUCCGUUUGUUCUUUCUCUUUAAUUGCAAGUGUUAACCUGGCCUUUCUAAUAUUUUCCUAAUCACAUUCUCAUCCGUAGGAAUCUCUUCACUUUUCCAAUUUUGUGCAAAUACAAUUCUAGCUGCAGUUAUUACAUGGAUAAUCAGAUAUACAUUCUCUUUACUAUAACUUUCUGGUAAAAUCCCCAGCAAAAAUAUUUCGCUUCAAUGGAGUCAUUGAAAGUUGGUCAGCCUGGGUAUAUAUCCUAUAUAUAUUUGAUGAUACAUGUCAUAUCUGCAGCGAGGAUAGUAUUUGCGCAAAGAUGGAAGGCGGAGAAAAUCCCUACAGAGAGAGAAGUAGUUAAGAAAAUAUUGGACUGUGCAGAAAUGAAUAGAUUGACUUUGACAAUUAAAGAGAGGAAAUGGAACAUUUUAAGAUAUGGGGGCAAUUUUAUGAGUGGUUAGAGAAGAGAUAUAUAUAGGAUAAUGUUGUAAUGAUAUGAUUGAAGAAGGAAGACAAGAAAGAAGAUAGAUAAAUGUAUUAAUAGAAAAGGAAGAAACGUGGGAGAAAUGUUAUAAUAAAUGGAAUGACAAUAUUAAGAUAUGAUAAACUGGAGGAGUAGGAAAAAGAUGUACUCAGAUGAUAUACACUGAAUGAUGAUUAUGUGCUGUAUGUUUGUUUAUAAAAUAAAAAAAACUUUUAUAAAAAGAAAAGAAAGUUGAGCAGCCUGUAAGUUAAAAAAAAAAUAGGAAGGUGCAUUGGGUAUGUUUGCCGCCUCAAGUUAUUUCUAAAAAAAAAAAAAAAUCAUAAAGGGAUUAAAAAUAAAAGUUAUUAUUUGACGGCGAAUUAAUUCCGUUUGCGUCUCUAUUCCCAAAGUUUUACUUCUUGUGUUUCUCCUUCGGAUCGGGUCUACCCGCUGUGGAUUGAAGCCUUUAUUGGAGGUUGGGUCUGCCAGCUGCAAGUCGAUGCCGCUUCGCGAAAACCUCCCUCCGAGGUAGGACAGGAAGCGAAAGGAAGCGAAGUCUUAUUCCCGCAAGAGGAAGAGGAGGGAAUGAAGAGAGUCAAAGUCUAAAUGCACCUUCCUGCCCCGCCCCUGCCCCUGUCCAGAGAGUUGUUUCUGCCUAUUGACUUGGCCCUUGGAGGUUCCAAGGUAGACUGCUCUUAAACAGGGAGGCUCGACCGAAGUGAAGAAAGGAAGGCCAAGCUCUCCAGCCCUUCCUCUCCACUCGAGAGGCUUCUAAAGGCCUGGGUUGGUCCAGCUGUCCCACUUGUUGGAUUUCCGCUGGCGAGCGCACCCUCCACGGGUUCAUCAUCUUGGCAUGGUGUUAUUUUCGCUUUCCCAGGCCUUGAGGACUGGCUCCUUGCAAUGUUCCUGGCACCCGGAUUUAAAAACUAUUCUCCUCUCUUGGGAUCAAAAGCCGGUGAGUCACUCCCGGAGUUAUAUAAGCAGCUGGCAGGGCUUGCUUGGCACCUUGAGGUUGGGCAGGACCCAGCCUGCUUUUGUGGGGGUGCAGGGUGGGCCUCUCCACCAGGGGGCAGCACAGCCGUGGGACGCAGGGAGAAACAGGCUAGGAAAACAAAUCAGGAAUGGAUCCUUCGCUUAACGAAUGGGGCAAGAUACGUCGUAAAACGGAGCGAAACGACCCUUAACAAACGUCGUCGUAAGUUGAGGUAAAAUUACCUGGUUUUUUUGAGACAGUCUUGCCAGGAUUCUGUAGCACUGAAAGGCGAUCUAGUCAGUUUCACUGCCUUUUUUUUUUUUUUUUUUAAAUUCUUCCAAUUUCUGUCCUGGCUUUUUGACUAGGAUUGGUUGGGGG